CACAAAGGUUUAACCUUUCCCUCCCUUCCUGGGUUACUUCUUCUUCUUCUUCUCUCUGUGUGUCUCUCUCCCUCCAUUUUCUCUCAUUUUGGGACUUUGCAGAAACAAGCUAGAAUCUUUUUCCCAUUUGUUCUCUUGUCGGCCAAAUUUGGAAACUUUCUGACCAUAAUUUGCCACGUUCUCAAGUCUGUGUGCCUCGGGGAAAAGCUGAGGGAAAGGAGGUGGACAAGUUUUUAAGGUUGCAUAUCACUCUGUUUUUGGAGGGCUCUCUCUCUCUCUUUGAAGGAACAGAGGAAGAAGAGUUAUUGUUGUAGAAAAGUGAAAAAGCCUGUAUUGGGUUCUUCUGUGGAAGGAAGAACCAUGGCUGCUGCUUUGUUGUCCGAUUGGCCGUGGGAGAGCCUUGGGUUGUACAAGUAUGCACUGUACGGGCCACUGGUGGGGAAAGUGCUAUACUCCAGAUACCAAGAGGGUUACCUGAAGCCAGAUUGGUGCUUUUGCUUGCUAGUAAUUUGGCACAUCAGGCAGGUUUUGAAUAUGCUAUGGGCCGCUUUUGUCAACAUGAUGUUCCUCUCCAAGAGCAUCAGGAUCAACAAGCAAGGCUAUGGUUUCAAGCAGGUGGACCGUGAAUGGGAUUGGGAUAAUUUUCUGAUACUCCAAGCUAUAAUUGGGUCUUUGGCAUGUUCUGUCUUGCCAAUAGAAUCAAUUCCUAUCUGGAACUCAAAAGGGUUGUUAUGGAUUCUGGUUCUCCAUGUUGGAAUCUCAGAGCCAGUUUACUAUUGUGUUCAUAGACUCUUCCACACAGGAUCCAUGUUCACCAAUUACCACUCAAUCCACCACUCUUCUCCAGUGCUGCAUCCAUACACAGGCUUACAACUAUCAUUUCUGGAGCAUCUGGUGCUAGCUUUAGUGACUUGGAUCCCAAUUCUUGGGUGUUUCCUUCUGGGUUAUGGAUCAUUGCUUACAAUUGCUGGCUAUCUUUUGGUGUUUGAUUUCCUGAGAUGUAUGGGGCAUUCCAACACUGAGAUAGUACCUCACCAAGUUUUCCAGACCCUCCCUUUCCUCAAAUACCUCAUUUACACAGCUACGUAUCAUAGUCUGCAUCAUACUGAGAUGGAGACCAAUUUCUGCCUCUUCAUGCCAAUCUUCGAUGCAAUUGGGAAGACCCUCAAUAGCAAGUCGUGGGAGCUGCACAAGAAGAUACGUUCACAAGCAGGGAAGUAUGGGAGAGUUCCUGAUUUCGUGUUCUUGGCACAUGUUGUGGAUGUGUCUUCUGCAAUGCAUGCUCCCUUUGUUUUCCGGACAUUUGCAUCGCUGCCAUACAGAUUUCAAGCCUUCUUGAUCCCUUGCUGGCCUAUAACAUUCGUGGUGAUGCUUGUGAUGUGGGCCAAAGCCAGGACAUUUGGCUUUACCUUCUACAAUCUAAGGGGCAAGCUCCACGAGACAUGGGUUGUGCCCAGGUUUGGUUUCCAGUACUUCUUGCCAUUUGCAAAGGAAGGAAUCAACAAGAGGAUCGAUGAGGCUAUUCUCAGAGCUGAUAGUCUUGGAGUCAAGGUCCUGAGUCUGGCUGCAUUGAACAAGAUAAGAAACGUGAAUCGUUCUUCAGGAUCCUGGAAGUGUGUCUAUUUACCAUUUUACCAUUUCCUGAAAUGUCUGAUGUUGGGGUUGCAGAACGAAUCACUGAAUGGAGGUGGAACAUUGUUUGUGAACAAACAUCCAGACCUGAAAGUCAGAGUAGUCCAUGGGAACACAUUGACAGCAGCAGUGAUUCUGAAUGAGAUUGGUGAAGAAAUUGAAGAAGUUUUCCUAACAGGAGCCACUUCCAAGCUUGGAAGAGCCAUAGCUCUCUACCUCUGCAGAAGAAAAGUCAGAGUUCUCAUGUUGACAUUGUCGACAGAGAGGUUUCAGAAGAUCCAGAAGGAAGCUCCUGUGGAUUGCCAGAAUUACUUGGUGCAAGUUACCAAGUACCAGGCUGCUAGAAGUUGCAAGACAUGGAUAGUUGGGAAGUGGAUAACACCAAGGGAGCAGAGUUGGGCUCCACGGGGAGCCCAUUUCCAUCAGUUUGUGGUGCCACCAAUUUUGUCCUUCAGGAAGGACUGUACUUAUGGAGACCUUGCUGCCAUGAGAUUGCCUGAUGAUGUUGAAGGGCUUGGAAGUUGUGAGUAUACGAUGGAUCGAGGAGUUGUUCACGCGUGCCACGCAGGAGGCGUGGUGCACUUCUUGGAGGGAUGGACCCAUCAUGAAGUGGGAGCAAUAGAUGUUGACAGGAUAGAUCUUGUGUGGAAUGCUGCAAUGAAGCAUGGAUUGAAGCCUGUCUCCAACAGCAACAAACUCAAACAAACGUAGAACCAUCGGUUGGGAUGGAUGGAACUUGGAAGGAAUGGCUUGGUUGUGUGUUUACAUUGCAAAAUGAUAUAUAUAGUUUGUAAUAUCCUAAUGCUGUAGCUUUUAGAGAAAAAAACGAUCAAAAAAUUUGUGAGGAUUAGAGAUGGGGCAAGGAAAGAAAAUGGUUGUUCUAAAAGUGAAAGAAAAGCAAGAACAACAUAUAUUUUUCUACAUUUACAUAUCAGAAGGAAAGUUCAUUGCUGUGUAGUGUAUUCCUCUUUGCAAUUUCAUUAUUGAAAGGGAGAAUUUGUUCAUAUUUGUCCCCAACCAUAAGUAAUCUUGAACCACUUUUGUCCAAAUUUUGAUUUAUUAUCAAGAGAUAUUUAAAGGCACAACAUGAACACUUUCUCUUUGAUUAGA